AUGGAUAGAGAUGGAGAUGGAGAUAAUGUAUACCUUCAAAAAUCAACAGAAUACAGGGAUGAGAUUAAAAGCAUGAUCUUAGCAAGAGGCAUCGAUUGCCACCCGAUGUUAAUCGAUGAUGAUAAAUUAAGUUUAAUCGGUGAACACAACACCAUGAACUAUGUUGUUCGUACACGAUGGCGUGACACUCACCGUUGUGGUCCGGAGGACGUACAAAAAUUGGCUGCAUGCCUAAUGAAUCGAGAAAUGGAGUAUGUCGCCUUUUUUGUUAAUCCAAUCGGAUACACCGACAGGGCAAAAAGUGAUGCCGCAAGAUUGAAUGUAAAUUUAUGUAUCACUGACAAUGUCGUCGACAAGAUCGAAGAGCAGGCACGAUUGUGGCCGCAAACGCGAAAAGAAUCCACAAGCACUAAUGUAGUGUAUCUCAAGGGCGUAGAAUUUUACGACAACGGAAAACCUAAAAGCAUUGAAGAAGCUACAAUAAAGCUUAAAAAAUGA